AUGGAGGUGGAGACCGAGGAGAAGCGCCACCGCACUCGUUCCAAAGGUGUUCGAGUUCCCGUGGAACCAGCCAUACAAGAGCUGUUCAGCUGUCCCACUCCUGGCUGUGAUGGCAGUGGUCAUGUUAGCGGCAAAUAUGCAAGACACAGAAGUGUAUAUGGCUGUCCCUUGGCUAAAAAAAGAAAAACACAAGAUAAGCAGCCCCAAGAGCCAGCUCCUAAACGAAAGCCAUUCGCCGUUAAAGCAGACAGCUCCUCAGUAGAUGAAUGUUAUGAAAGUGAUGGGACUGAAGAUAUGGAUGAGAAGGAGGAAGAGGAAGAGGAAGAGUACUCUGAGGACAAUGAGGAGCAAGGGGACGAGGAUGAAGAGGAUGAGGAAGUGGACCGAGAGGAAGAGGAGGAGAUUGAGGAAGAUGAUGAUGAUGAUGAUGAAGAUGGAGAUGAUGUGGAGGAUGAAGAAGAUGAAGAGGAAGAGGAGGAGGAGGAAGAGGAGGAAGAAGAAGAAAAUGAAGACCAUCAAAUGAAUUGUCACAAUGCUCGAAUAAUGCAAGACACAGAAAAGGAUGAUAAUAAUAACGAUGAAUAUGACAAUUACGAUGAACUGGUGGCCAAGUCGUUGUUAAAUCUUGGCAAAAUUGCCGAGGAUGCAGCAUACCGGGCCAGGACUGAGUCAGAAAUGAACAGCAAUACCUCCAAUAGUCUGGAAGACGAUAGUGACAAAAAUGAAAACCUUGGUCGGAAAAGUGAGUUAAGUUUAGACUUAGACAGCGAUGUCGUUAGGGAAACGGUGGACUCCCUGAAAUUAUUAGCCCAAGGACAUGGUGUUGUGCUCUCAGAAAACAUUAAUGACAGAAAUUAUGUAGACAGUAUGUCACAACAGGAUAACAGAAAUAUGAAUUAUGUAAUGUUAGGGAAGCCCAUGAACAAUGGACUCAUGGAAAAAAUGGUGGAGGAGAGUGAUGAGGAGGUGUGUCUGAGCAGUUUGGAGUGUUUGAGGAAUCAGUGCUUUGACCUGGCCAGGAAGCUCAGUGAGACAAACCCACAGGAGAGGAACCAACAGCAAAAUAUGAACAUCCGUCAGCACGUCAGGCAAGAAGACGACUUCCCAGGAAGAACACCGGAUAGGAACUACUCUGACAUGAUGAACUUAAUGAGGCUUGAAGAACAGUUGAGUCCCAGAUCUAGAACUUUUUCUAGCUGUGCCAAGGAGGAUGGGUGUCAUGAAAGAGAUGACGAUACCACCUCUGUCAACUCGGACAGGUCUGAAGAAGUCUUUGAUAUGACCAAGGGUAAUUUAACCCUUCUUGAGAAAGCUAUUGCUUUGGAAACAGAAAGAGCCAAGGCCAUGAGGGAAAAAAUGGCAAUGGAAGCUGGAAGGAGGGAUAAUAUGAGAUCAUAUGAGGAGCAGUCUCCAAGACAACUUUCCGGGGAGGAGAGAAAACCUAAAUCCAGUGACAGCCAUGUCAAAAAGCCAUACUAUGGUAAAGAUCCCUCAAGAACAGAAAAGAAAGAGAGCAAGUGUCCAACCCCUGGGUGUGAUGGAACUGGCCACGUAACUGGGCUUUAUCCUCAUCAUCGCAGUUUAUCCGGAUGCCCGCACAAAGAUAGGGUCCCUCCAGAAAUUCUUGCCAUGCAUGAAAAUGUUCUCAAGUGUCCUACUCCGGGCUGCACAGGGCGAGGGCAUGUAAAUAGCAACAGGAACUCUCACAGAAGCCUCUCUGGAUGCCCUAUUGCUGCAGCAGAGAAACUGGCAAAGGCCCAAGAAAAACACCAGAGCUGUGAUGUGUCAAAGUCCAAUCAGGCAUCAGACCGAGUCCUAAGGCCAAUGUGCUUUGUAAAGCAGCUUGAGAUCCCUCAGUAUGGCUACAGAAACAAUGUCCCCACAACCACUCCUCGUUCCAACUUGGCCAAGGAACUUGAGAAAUAUUCCAAGACUUCGUUUGAAUACAACAGUUAUGACAACCAUACUUAUGGCAAGCGAGCCAUAGCUCCCAAGGUGCAAACCAGGGAUAUAUCCCCCAAAGGAUAUGAUGAUGCGAAGCGGUACUGUAAGAACCCCAGCCCGACCAGCAGCACCACCAGCAGCUACGCCCCCAGCAGCAGCAGCAACCUGAGCUGCGGAGGCGGCAGCAGCGCCAGCAGUACCUGCAGCAAGAGCAGCUUCGACUACACGCAUGACAUGGAGGCGGCCCACAUGGCCGCCACGGCCAUCCUCAACCUGUCCACGCGCUGCCGAGAGAUGCCGCAGAACCUGUCCACCAAGCCCCAGGACCUCUGCGCGGCCCGGAAUCCAGACAUGGAGGUGGAUGAAAAUGGGACUCUGGACCUCAGCAUGAAUAAGCAGAGGCUGCGAGAUGGCUGUUGCCCCAUUUUGACUCCUUUGGAGCCCAUGUCCCCCCAACAACAGGCAGCGAUGAACAAUCGGUGUUUUCAGCUGAACGAGGGGGACUGCUGGGACUUGCCAGUAGACUACACCAAAAUGAAACCCAGAAGGAUAGAUGAGGAUGACUGCAAAGAGGUUACUCCAGAAGAGUUGGAUCCAUUCCAGGAAGCUCUAGAAGAAAGGCGGUAUCCUGGGGAAGUGACCAUCCCGAGUCCCAAGCCCAAGUAUCCUCAGUGCAAGGAGAGCAAAAAGGAUUUAAUAACUCUGUCUGGCUGCCCAUUGGCUGACAAAAGCAUUCGAAGUAUGCUGGCCACCAGUUCACAAGAACUCAAGUGCCCCACCCCUGGUUGUGAUGGCUCUGGACAUAUUACUGGCAAUUAUGCUUCUCAUCGAAGCCUUUCAGGUUGCCCGAGAGCAAAGAAAAGUGGCAUCAGGAUAGCACAAAGCAAAGAAGACAAAGAAGAUCAAGAGCCAAUUAGAUGUCCAGUUCCUGGUUGUGAUGGUCAGGGUCAUAUAACUGGGAAGUAUGCAUCCCACCGCAGUGCGUCGGGGUGCCCCCUAGCAGCCAAACGGCAAAAGGAUGGGUACCUAAAUGGCUCCCAGUUCUCCUGGAAGUCCGUGAAGACGGAAGGUAUGUCAUGUCCCACUCCAGGAUGUGAUGGAUCAGGACACGUCAGUGGUAGUUUCCUUACGCACCGUAGUUUGUCAGGAUGCCCCAGGGCGACAUCAGCAAUGAAGAAAGCAAAGCUGUCUGGAGAGCAGAUGCUAACCAUCAAACAGCGGGCCAGUAACGGUAUAGAAAAUGAUGAAGAAAUCAAACAGUUAGAUGAAGAAAUCAAGGAGCUAAAUGAAUCCAAUUCUCAGAUGGAAGCUGACAUGAUUAAACUCAGAACUCAGAUUACCACAAUGGAGAGCAACCUGAAGACGAUAGAAGAGGAGAACAAAGUAAUUGAACAGCAAAAUGAGUCUCUUCUUCAUGAGCUGGCCAAUUUAAGCCAGUCUUUAAUUCAUAGUCUAGCUAAUAUCCAGCUGCCACAUAUGGAUCCAAUCAAUGAACAAAAUUUUGAUGCUUACGUGACUACUUUGACGGACAUGUAUACAAAUCAAGAUCGUUAUCAGAGUCCAGAAAAUAAAGCCCUACUGGAAAAUAUAAAGCAGGCUGUGAGAGGAAUUCAGGUCUGAACAGCUGCUCUAGUGAUGAAAAUCUUGCUUAAAAAAAGGAUGCCUCCUGUUUUUUGCUGCUGUAUUUACCAGAAAGUGUUCUAUAUUUAUUUCUGUUUGAAACAGUGUUAUGCUUACAAGACUUCAUAAUGAUUUUAUGUCUUGCUUUAAAGAUAGUAACUGCAGAAUAGUUUUUGAAUACAUCCACAUUUUGUACGUUUUCAUAUAAGCUGACAUAGUGUGAUAUGCCAUGUAAUGUCGAUAGCUGCUAAUGUAUGCACAUUUUGGGGGUAUAUAUAUUUCUGAAGAGGUAAGCUGAUCAAAAGUAAAUAGAGUGUAAAUUCUUUUUAAUGCUUUAGUGAUUAAAUGUUUUAGUAUUUUGAACUGAAAUGGACAAAAAAAAAAAUAGCUUUGAAUGACAAUGUUGCGGUCCUGCAGCCACUUUUUAAAACGCUCUCGUUUUGCCUCAUGUUGGAGGAUUUUAUGGAGUUUAAGAAAUACACUUUGUGUGCGUAUUGUUUCAUAGCGAGAAUUGGUUGCAAAAAUGCUUUAUUUUUGAACAAUGCUUGGAAAUAUUAUGUGAUUUUUUUGUUUUGUUUGUUUUAGGAGGAUGGUGUAUGGUGGGGGCAGUAAAUGAGGUUUUUUGAAUUCCAAGGAAAUGGCAUGGAUUAACUAUAAGAAAUGAAAUAAGUAAUUUAUUGUAAGACAACAUCAAGCCAUGGAAACUUGACAGAAGAUUCAAAGCAGCUUAAACAGCACUUUUAAAUUAACUCCUAAGCAUUACAUGGUGUGACCAUGGAGACUUCAGUUAAGACAGGAGCUUAUCAGAGGUGGACAACAUGAAGAUUUUCUUUUUCCUUUUCAAUAAACUCUGCAACAGCCUUCUCUUAUCUCCCCUAGAGUUGUGUGCCCCUCUGAACUGUCUGUUAUUGCAAUGUAGUUUAACAGAAUUUGUGUGUUUUCCGUUUAAAUUAAAAGGCCAUUGAAGAGCAUUUAUUUCCCCUUUUUUAAGAAUUAUUACUAACAUUAUUUGACCUUUGGGGGCUACACAUAAAUGACGUGUGAGUAUUCUAGUU